AUGCUCAUCAUACUCUGGCUUUUUCUUGCCGCCAUAGCAUGGCGGGUGCUGUCACGACUCUGGAUUCACCCCCUCCGGCAGUAUCCAGGUCCCAAAUUAGCAGCAAUUUCAAAUCUGCCGUAUCUCUACCAGACUCUCUCUGGGAACUCUCAUGCUUGGAUUCGGGAACUCCACGAUGAGUACGGCAGCGUGGUUCGCAUCCGCCCCAAUGCCCUUACUUAUCGAACUUUUGAAGCUUGGACGGAUAUCUACGGUCAUCGCAAACAAGGAGCCUUGCCCUUCUGUAAAGAUCCUGAAUUCUUCACUCCUGCUCCAAGUGGUCAAACCCAUAUGAUCAAUGCAAAUGAGGCCGACCACACUCGCCAAAAAAAACUUUUGACCCACGCGUUCUCCGAAAAGUCGCUGCGAGAACAGGAGUCAUUGGUUAUGUCUUAUAUCGACCUGUUCAUCCGACAGCUCCAGACAUCGGCCAACGCCAAACAGCCAUUGAACCUGGAGGAGUGGCUGAACUUUCUGACGUUCGAUAUCAUCGGCGAUUUGGCAUUCGGAGAGCCGUUUGGCUGUCUCGAGGAAUCAGAGUAUCAUCCCUGGGUCGCCACGAUUUUCAAGAGCAUCAAAACUGGGGCUUUCCUCCGCGCCUUUUCUAUCUAUCCGCUGUUUGUGCUUCUGAUCCGGAAGGCAAUGCCGAAGAGGCUUAUCCAGAAACGAUUGGCACAUUAUCAGAUGAGUAAGGAUAAGGUCACGAAGAGGCUGCAAACCAAUACUACGAGACCAGACUUCACCUCCUACAUUCUCAAACACAACGACGACGAGAAGGGUAUGCUCCGACAGGAGAUGGAUCUAAACGCUGCUAUCAUCAUCCAAGCCGGCAGCGAGACUACGGCCACAGUGCUGGCCGCCGCCGUUUUUUACUUGCAGAAACACCCUGAAUGGCAAAAAAAACUCACCGAGGAAGUACGAGGCGCGUUCCCCACCGAUGAAAGCAUUACAUUCCUGGCUUCGAGCAAGCUACCGAUUCUGAAUGCCGUCAUUGAGGAGAGCCUACGUUUAUUCCCACCCGCGCCGGCCAUUGGACCGCGGGUCGUCCCACAGGGAGGCGCGCAGAUCGAUGGAAAACAUGUGGCGGAAGGGGUUUCGGUGUCUGUGGCACACUAUUCUGCCUUCCGUGCGCAUUCGAACUUCACACAGCCCGAUUCCUUCCUUCCGGAACGCUGGAUCGACUACAAAGAUCCGAGCAAUCCGUUCCAUUCUGAUCGCCGAGAGGCACUUCAGCCGUUUUCCUACGGACCACGGGCAUGCAUUGGCCGAAAUCUCGCUUAUGCGGAAAUGCGCACAAUUCUCGCGAAACUUCUCUGGCACUUUGAUGUCAGUCUUGAGCAGGAAAGUGAGCAAUGGGAUCAAUGUAAGAGCUACAUCGUCUGGGAAAAAGGUCCUUUGUUUGUAAAGCUCGAGUCUGUACCAUCUACUGAAAAGAAGAAAGCGUGA